CCUCCCUCUCAAUUCCGAACACAAUGAAUAAUCCCCUAGAAGAAAACCAUUCCCGUCUCAAAGCAGUGACAGCAAUCGAGAGAUCCCUAACAGCGAACACACUCACACAGUAUACCCCCGACGAUCUACAUGCCCACAAUGUGCAAGUCAGUACACUGCACCUAGACGAGGACGGACAACCGUCAUCUCAAUCUUCCUUCUUCGAACCCUACAUGGAUACCCUACCACAGCCUGACCCAGAAGAAGAUUACCCUCCCUAUGACGAGAAAGGGAAUGUAUUCUGCACCCCGAUCGCCUGGGCGCAGGAUAUCUAUCAGUACCUCCGAGCAUACCUAGUGGAUAUAGCAGGGCAAGGAGAUUCCAAGGCCCAUGUUCAGCUAAUGCAACCCAGUAAUCUCGACUACAACCUCUGAGAACAAACCCAAGACUUCAACUGGCGUGCCACAGCUAUUUCCAAAGUCCCUGGCGGUCCCUGGCUGAAAGGCAUGAUACUCAAUAACGUCAACGGGAGUGAUGAGAUUACGCGCGGGGAACUAUUAUCGAUAUUUCGGAUCAUGAUUAGAGGUCUUGAACUGUAUGAGAAUCAUGUCGUGGCUCCUGUGAUGUUAUUAUCGUUUAUGGGUCCGCGGCAUGGUCGUGUUCUUUUAGCUCAUCACGAUGGGAUGAAAUUGGUUGUUUAUAAGAGUGAGCUUUGGGAAUUUCGGUCUAGAAAUGUGUCUGCCUUGAAGAUUCUCGCUCG